AUGGGGGCCUACAAGUACCUGGAGGAGAUGUGGCGCAAGAAGCAGUCGGCCACUAGGCGGAAGCCCGCGGUGCAUCGCUGCACCCGGCCCACGCGCCCCGACAAGGCGAGGAAAGUGGGCUACAAGGCGAAGCAGGGCUACUGCAUCUACCGCGUCCGCGUGAAGCGCGGUGACCGCAAGAAGAGAGUGGCCAAGGGCAUCGUGUACGGCAAGCCCGUCAACCAGGGUAUUAACAAGUGGAAGGCCGUGCGGAACCUCCGCAACAUCGCCGAGGAGCGAGUCGGCCGAAAGUGUGGAGGGCUCCGGGUGCUGAACUCCUAUUGGGUGGCCCAGGAUGCCGUGCACAAGUGGUUUGAGGUUGUCAUGGUGGAUCCCUACCACAAGACCGUCCGCGACGAUCCGCGCAUCAACUGGAUCUGCAAGCCCGUGAUGAAGCACCGCGAGCUACGCGGGCUGACGGCGGCCGGCAAGAAGGCCCGUGGCCUUCUCAAGAAGGGCAAGAGGGCCACCAAGCUUCGGCCAUCGUACCGUGCCGCCUACCGUCGCCACAGCCUCCUGCGGCUCCGCCGCUAUCGCUGA